GGAGGACUUGGGCUUCUUCCCCGGGGGAGGGGGGAGCCCUGGGUGUGUGCUGACACAGGAAGGGAUGAAAUUGCUGUGUGGAGAGCCGACAAGAGCGGGGCAGGGGCGCAAAGAGACCCGGGAGGGGGCUCUGCCUAGGAGAGUGAUGGCAUGAGCGUGGCCAGGACCCGGUGGAGGUGGUGAACAACGGGCAGGUUCUGGAUUUUUUGUUAUAUUUUUUAAAUUUUGAUAAAAUAUGCAUAACAUACAAUUUACUACCUUAAACUGUACAAUUCAGUGGUUUUUAGUAUAUUUAUUAUGUUGUGUUGCCAUCACCACUAAUUCCAGAACAUUCCAUCACCCCAACAGAAGCCCCGUCCCCAUUAGCAGUCAUCCCCACCCCUUCCCCAGCCCGACCACCAGGAAACCACUCUCUGUCUGUGGACGUGCCUGUUCUGGACAUUUCACAUCAAUGGAAUCACACACCGUGUGGCCUUCUGUGUCUGGUUCUCUCACUGAGCGUUGUGUUCAGGGUCCAUCCACGGUGUGGCUGUGUCAGGGCUUCACUCUUCAGGGCUGCGUCAUAUUCCAUUGUGAGUGGACAUGUGUGGAUCCAUUCUGCAGCUUGUGGACACUUGGGCUGUUUCCACCCUUUGCCUACUGUGAAUCAUGCUGCCGUGAACGCGCAUGGACACGUUUCUGCUCUGGUGUAUUCUGGAAACAGAUGAAAGAGUUGGAGGGGGCUGGCGUGAGGAGAAGAGAGGAGCUGGGGACUGGGGGGUCCCAGCCUGAGCACCUGGAAGGAUGGAGCUGAGGGUGUGGGAGGGAAAUUCAGAAGCUUCAUUCAGCUCAGAGGCCCCCAUGUGGGAGCGUUGGGAGGGGGCCCAGAGAAGAAGUGGGAGGGCUGAGCCCCAGGUCGGGGUGCACGGAGCAGGGGUCAGGGCGGUGCCCUCUCACUGCGGGACCCGCCCAGGCGUGCCCCGCCCCCUCUUCCAGCCCUUGCAGUCCCGUCCUGGCACCCUCAGCCCGGGGUGGGGGAGGGAGUGGUCUGGAUGGGGCCAGGGCUGGCCAGCACAGUUGCCAGGACACCAGGGCGCCCUUUGUCGCUGUCAACAAUAGUCCCCAGGCCUUCUAGGCCAGAGCGCCCCGGGACCCACAGACAGACAUGGAGAGCCUGCAGCGGGAGGCUGCCCGGCCCUACGUCCGCCGGGGGACCCUGGAAGUGGACUUCCCGGCCCCUCUCUACAGCGAUGACUACCUGUCCCUGGAGGGGCCCCGCUGGGCGCCGGCCAUCAAGCAGGCCACACGCUGGAAGUACACGCCCAUGGGACGCGACGUGGCCGGCCAGCUAUGGUACACUGGCCUGACCAACUCGGACCCCCGCGAAGCCUGGUACACGCUCCCGCGGGCCCCGGAGAGCCCCUAUCGUGAGGCUUAUGCCCGCUGGCACGGAUGCUACAGCCACCGGGAGCGGAGCAUGCCCUCGGCCUACACCCAACACCUCCGCGAGGCUGCCUGGCACGACCCCGUCGUUCCCGCACAGCACGAGGCCCCCAGCCCGCGGUGGGGGAGCGCGCUGCGGGCAGACAGAGCCGUCCGGGGCCAGGAAUACGUGGUCAACAGGCACCAGCUCAGGGUGGAGCCGCCGAGGCGGGUGUCCGACUACGUGCCAUCCCUGUCGGCGCCCCAGCGCCCGCGCUGCACCCGCCAGCCCCACCGCCACUGGGACCUGCAGCCCUACUGUCCCUCCACCGGGCGGCCACCCACUGAUACAGACCCGCUGUGA